AUGGAGACCUCCUAUGCGAGUCCGAGGCGCAGCCUGCUCAGCGAGGGGCACUCCGUGGUCGUCGCGGCAGAGCCGUACAGUGUGCCUGGCACCGGAGUGGUCACGGCCCAGCCAGUCACCGCAGGUACGACGGCAUCAGCGAAUCGGGGCUGCGAGUGGCUGUCCGGCUACCAGGGCCUUUUCCUCCGGCAACACAUUGAGCUGCUCGAGGUGAUUGGCGGCUGUGAGACAAAGAACCGCUACCAGAUCACACCAAUCUCAACGCCGCUGCCCGCAAGCUUAAACAGCGGGUGGGCGCAGGAAUUUCGCGAGGCAGCGGCGUACAGCCCAUUGCUCACCGCAAAGGAGGAGAGCGACUGCUGCGAGCGCGUUUGCUGCCCCAUGUUUCGAGGCUUCACUAUGGACUUCAAGGACGUUCAGGGCAUAUCCUACUUCCGCGUCGAGCGGCCCUUUGUUUGCGACCCCUGCUAUUGCCAGCCCUGCUGCUCUCUCUACACUCAGAAUCUCCGUAUCGUCGACGCAAAUGGCCACCUGCUUGGCAGUGCCACCGAGGUGGACCAUGCAUGUGGCUCCGAGUGCUGCGCGCGCAGCUUCGUAGCCUCUGACGCGAACGGCAAGCCCAUCUACAAGCUGCGCGCAAGUGAUUGCGGCACACAUGACCACCACAACUGCUGUGCACCCUCCUGCCUCAACGAGGAGUAUGCGGUGGAUGUCUUCGAAGCCGGCACCGGCGAGUGGGUCGGUCAGUCCUCUUGGGUGUGGCCCGGGUGUAACUGCGGUGGCCUGACUGACCGGUCGAACAUGGCGACGCGGUUUCCGGCAGGCUCCAGCGACGAGAGCCGCGCCACGCUACUUGCCGGACUGAUGCUCGUCGAGUAUGCGGCUCGAGAGCGACGUCGAAAGUAG